AUGCUCGGGUCCGGCUGCCACGCGAGGCGGAGCUGCAUCGUCCUCACGUCUGCCGGCGCUGGCGCGCCCGCGGUCUGCACUGCCACUGGCGGCGCGGUGAGGGUCUGCAUCGCGGGCUCGCCGAGCACGUGCACGAGGACGAGCUGGGGGCGCGGCGGCGGCGCGGAGGAGGAGGAGGGGAGCAACGAGGAGAAUGGGCUGGCGGCGCCGCCCUCGAGCCAGAGCUCGUGCCGCGUGCACAGCUGGCUCGGUGGCGCCAAGACCUGCCUCUUGCGGAUGCCGGCAUUGUGUCUGGGUGUCUGGGUGUAUAUGCUCGUCCUCCAUGGCGCCGCGCUGGCCGCGCCGGUGCCGCGCGCGGCCGGGCUCGACGACGCGCUAGCCGCGUGGGACGGCGUUGCGCUCCACGCGUUCCGGCGCGCGCCGGUCGCGCCAGCCGCGUGCGCAGGGCCGCUAUCAUGGCGCGCGGCGUCGUUCUGCGAGCUCGUCGGUGCGGCGGACGCGGCGGGGCGGUUCGCGCCGCUCUGCGAUACCGGGCGGCGGGGCCUGGGCACGUUCGUGCACUACUCGACGACGGGCGUCCAGAAGAACGCCGGCGACAGCGUCCUGCCGCGCGCGACGCGCAUGGCCGUCGAGUACUUCUUCGGCGCGGCGCCGGCCUGGGCGCUUCGCGAGGUCCGGGUGCCGACGUCCGCGCGCGACGUCGAGGACGCGGACGCCGCCGCGAGCGCGGUGCUCGUCGGCGGCGGCGGUCUGUUUUACCCGGCGAACGCGCACGCGCGCCAGAACGUGUCGGGCUGGCAGUGGCCCGUGCACCGCGCGCACCUGCUGGGGUUCGAGGCGCCCGUGUUCCUGUUCGCAGUGGGCUGGAACGCGUUCCGCGGUCAGGCCGAGCCGCCCGCCGCGCAGUGGGCCGCAUACCUCGCCUCGCUCGCCGCGCUCGCCGCGCGCACGCACGGCGGCGGCUACGUGACGCUCCGCGAGUCCUACAGCCUCAGCGCCGUCGCCGCGCAAGCGCCGGACCUGCCGCUCCACUACCAGUCCUGCGCGACGACCCUGCUCGCGACGCUCCAGCCGUGCCUCGCGUCCGAGUCGCUCCUCCGCACGCCGCGCGCCGGUGCCGGCGGCCGCGGCGUGCUCGCGGUCAACCUCGCGGACGACGAGCUCGGCCUCCGGCUCGGGCCGCCGGCGGACCAGGAGGCGGUGCUCGCGGCGCUCGAGGCCUGGCUCGCGGGCGCGCACGCCGCGGGCUGGACCGUCCACGUCGUCCUCCAGGCGACGUCGGACCGGCGCCUCCUCCACCGCCUCCAGGGGACGCGCGCGUUCCCGUUUGAGACGAUAACUUUCAACGCGAAUACGCGAAGACGCCGAGGAGACGGCCCGCAGCCCUCGCAGCGCGACUGGCUGCAGGUCGUCGACUACUACCGCAGCGUCACGGUGGCGGCCUCGAGCCGCGGCCACGGCGUCAUGAUUCCCUUCGGCCUCCACGUCGCGACGAUCUCGCUCGUGACGCACGAGAAGGUCCGCGCGUUCGCGCGCGACGUCGGGCACCCGGAGUGGUCCGUGGAGCUGGCGCCCGCGCGGCGGCUGCGCGGCGGCCCGGGCCUCGCCGAGGAGCUGACGGGCGUGCUUGACGCCAUCGAUGCGAACCGCAGCGCCGUACACGCGGCGCUUGUCGACGCGCAGCGGCAGCUCGCGGCCGUUGCGGCGGCGAAUGCGCUGCGUUGGGCGCCAGCCGUUGUGCGGCGGCGGCGCGACCUCUCAACGCGCGAAUCGCUCAAAAAGCGCGCGGCGCGGACGACGUUGCGCGCGCUGGAGGGCCGGCAUGCGGGUGCCGACGUCUACGUGCUCGGAUCGGGUCGAACGCUCGGCUUCGUGGACCCGGCGUUCUUCCGCGGCCGCGUCACCGUCGGCGUCAACCAGGUCAACCGGCACGUCAGGGCACUCACCUACCUCGUGCGCAAGGACCUGGAGCCGCACGCGUUCCGCGACAUCCUGGCAGCCGCGGGCAACCGCACGACGCACGUCGUCACGCGCGGCCACAAGGGCGGCCAGGGCUGGAAGAACGCGCGCACGGUCCUAACGCAUUUCAGCGCCGAGCUGGACGCGGGCCGCAUCGUCGUGGCGGACCACGCGUGUCACACACAGCGUUGCAACGGCUCGCGGCUCGAGGGCCUGCCGCCGCCCGGCGACCGGCUUGUCGUCAGCGACUCGACAAUCACGACCGCGAUCCACCUCGCGGCUCACCUCGGCGCGGCGCGCAUCAUCGUCUGCGGCCACGACCUUGCGCUUCUCGACGGCGAGGCAAACUUCGGCGGCUACCACGACAGCGCGACGCUGGCCCAGUCCUGGGCGCUGCCCCGCAAGUCGCGCCGUGGCAGCGUCACAGGCCGCGCCGCCUACGCCGCGUGGUUAUCGGGCGACAUUGGUGCAAUCAACAUCACCCACGACACGCUCGUUCUCCGCGACCUCCUCCAGGCGCGGUACCCGGGCUUGCUCAUCUACUCGCUCUCUCCGUUCCUGGGCCUCGGGCUCGAGGGCCACCGCGUUGGCGCACCAAUCGGGACGCCCGACGUUGGCGAACCAAUCGGGACGCCCGACGCCUACAAGGUCUACGACCGCCUCGACCGCGCGCAUGCGUACCAUGACCCGAACCGUUCGUUAGAGGCUGCGCUGGCGCCGCACCUCCGGCGGCACUACGGCGCGCGCACGGGCAUCCGGCUCGUGUCGCUCGGCUGCUCGCUUGGUCACGGCGUCGAGGCGUUCGCCGACGCCGGCUUCGAUGCCUACGGCGUUGACGUCUCUGGCGCGUCGAUUGAGCAGGCGCUCCAACUAGGCCGCGGCCGGCGCUGCGCGACGCAUGGUGGCGCCCCGGCCUGCCUCCAGCGCGCGAGCCUCACGGCGCUCCCCUUUGCCGACGCCUUCUUCGAAGCGGGCGUGUCGGCAGACGUCCUCGAGCACCUUCGCCCCGCCGACGUCCCGCGCGUUGUUGCCGAGGUCUCGCGCGUCGUCCGCUCCCUCCUCUUCCUCCGCAUCUCCACGGUUCCCGAGGGGCGGAAGAUGUCGCUGGACGGCGCGGAGCUUACACUCCACCUCACGGUGCAGCCUCGCGGUUGGUGGCUCAAGCAGUUCGAGGCGUGCGGUUGGCGCGAAUUGUCGCCCGCUGGCUUUCCCCCCCGCACCACGGCGAAGGCGGCAUUCAUCGCGCUCUCGCGCGGAUGA